AAUGAAUUCUGCACUGCAUGAUCUUGAGGAAAAGCACAAUUCUCUCCUGGAUGACAACAAGAGCAUUGCUGCUGAGCUGGUCCAGGUUGAAAGCCAGAGAGAUGAACAAAAGAAGGAGAUUUUAAAACAUGUAAAAGCUAUCACAGAUCUUGAAGACCAAUGGGCAAAGGCUGAAGAUGAUAAACGGGCCCAAGUGUUGUCUGUGGAGGCAAAAAUGCAGGCAGAGAUUGAAAGAAUGAAUUCUGCACUGCAUGAUCUUCAAGAAAAGCACGAUUCUCUUCUGGAUGACAACAAGAGCAUUGUUGCUGAGCUGGUCCAGGUUGAAAGCCAGAGAGAUGAACAACAGAAGGAGAUUUUAGAGCUUCUGUAUGCUGUCCGAGAUCUUGAAGACCAGCGGGCAAAGGCUGAAGAUGACAAACGGGCCCAAGUGGAGUCUGUGGAGGCAAAAAUGCAGGCAGAGAUUGAAAGACUGAAUUCUGCACAGCAUUAUCUUCAAGAAAAGCAUGAUUCUCUCCUGGAUCAGAACAAGCAUGUUAUUGCUGAGCUGGUCCAGGUUGAAAGCCAGAAAGGUGAACAAAAGGAGGAGAUUUUAAGGCUUAUGAAAGCUAACAGAAACCUUGAAGACCAAUGGGCAAAGGCUGAAAAAGAUAAGCAGGCCCUAGUGGAGUCUGUGGAGGCAAAAAUGCAGGCAGAGACUGAAAGACUGAAUUCUGUACUGCAUGAUCUUCAAGAAAAGCACGAUUCUCUCCUGGAUCAGGACAAGAGCAUUGUUGCUCAUCUGGUCCAGGUCGAAAGAAAGAGAGAUGAACAACAGAAGGAGAUUUUACAGCUUGUGAAUUCUAUCACAGAUCUUGAAGGCCAAUUGAAAAAGGCUGAAAAAGAUAAAUGGGCACAAGUGGAGUCUGUGGAGGCAAAGAUGGAGGCAGAGAUUAAAAGACUGAAUUCUGCACUGCAUGAUCUUCAGGAAAAGCACGAUUCUCUCCUGGAUGACAACAAGAGCAUUGCUGCUGAGCUGGUCCAGGUUGAAAGCCAGAGAGAUGAACAAAAGAAGGAGAUUUCUAAACAUGUAAAAGCUAUCACAGAUCUUGAAGACCAACGGGCAAAGGCUGAAGAUGAUAAACGGGCCCAAGUGGAGUCUGUGGAGGCAAAAAUGCAGGCAGAGAUUGAAAGAAUGAAUUCUGCACUGCAUGAUCUUCAAGAAAAGUGCGAUUCUCUCCUGGAUCAGAACAAGCGUGUUAUUGAUGAGCUGGUGCGGGUUAAAAGCCAGAAAGGUGAACAAAAGGAGGAGAUUUUAAGGCUUAUGAAAGCUAACAGAAACCUUGAAGACCAAUGGACAAAGGCUGAAAACGAUAAGCAGGCCCUAGUGGAGUCUGUGGAGGCAAAAAUGCAGGCAGAGACUGAAAGACUGAAUUCUGUACUGCAUGAUCUUCAAGAAAAGCACGAUUCUCUCCUGGAUGACAACAAGAGCAUUGCUGCUGAGCUGGUCCAGGUUGAAAGCCAGAGAGAUGAACAAAAGGAGGAGAAUUUAAAGCUUCUGAAUGCUGUCCGAGAUCUUGAAGGCCAACGGGCAAAGGCUGAAGAUGAUAAAAGGGCCCAAGUGGAGUCUGUGGAGACAAAAAUGCAGGCAGAGAUUGAAAGACUGAACUCUGCACUGCAUGAUCUUCAAGAAAAGCACGAUUCUCUCCUGGAUGACAACAAGAGCAUUGCUGCUGAGCUGGUCCAGGUUGAAAGCCAGAGAGAUGAACAAAAGAAGGAGAUUUUAAAACAUGUAAAAGCUAUCACAGAUCUUGAAGACCAACGGGCAAAGGCUGAAGAUGAUAAACGGGCCCAAGUGGAGUCUGUGGAGGCAAAAAUGCAGGCAGAGAUUGAAAGACUGAAUUCUGCACUGCAUGCUCUUCAAGAAAAGCGGGAUUCUCUCCUGGAUCAGAACAAGUGUGUUAUUGAUGAGCUGGUGCGGGUUAAAAGCCAGAAAGGUGAACAAAAGGAGGAGAUUUUAAGGCUUAUGAAAGCUAACAGAAACCUUGAAGACCAAUGGACAAAGGCUGAAAACGAUAAGCAGGCCCAAGUGGAGUCUGUGGAGGCAAAAAUGCAGGCAGAGACUGAAAGACUGAAUUCUGUACUGCAUGAUCUUCAAGAAAAGCACGAUUCUCUCCUGGAUGACAACAAGAGCAUUACUGCUGAGCUGGUCCAGGUUGAAAGCCAGAGAGAUGAACAAAAGGAGGAGAUUUUAAGGCUUAUGAAAGCUAACAGAAACCUUGAAGACCAAUGGGUAAAGGCUGAAAAAGAUAAGCAGGCCCUAGUGGAGUCUGUGGAGGCAAAAAUGCAGGCAGAGAUUGAAAGAAUGAAUUCUGCACUGCAUGAUCUUCAAGAAAAGCACGAUUCUCUUCUGGAUGACAACAAGAGCAUUGUUGCUGAGCUGGUCCAGGUUGAAAGCCAGAGAGAUGAACAACAGAAGGAGAUUUUAGAGCUUCUGUAUGCUGUCCGAGAUCUUGAAGACCAGCGGGCAAAGGCUGAAGAUGACAAACGGGCCCAAGUGGAGUCUGUGGAGGCAAAAAUGCAGGCAGAGAUUGAAAGACUGAAUUCUGCACAGCAUUAUCUUCAAGAAAAGCACGAUUCUCUCCUGGAUCAGAACAAGCAUGUUAUUGCUGAGCUGGUCCAGGUUGAAAGCCAGAAAGGUGAACAAAAGGAGGAGAUUUUAAGGCUUAUGAAAGCUAACAGAAACCUUGAAGACCAAUGGGCAAAGGCUGAAAAAGAUAAGCAGGUCCUAGUGGAGUCUGUGGAGGCAAAAAUGCAGGCAGAGACUGAAAGACUGAAUUCUGUACUGCAUGAUCUUCAAGAAAAGCACGAUUCUCUCCUGGAUCAGGACAAGAGCAUUGUUGCUCAUCUGGUCCAGGUCGAAAGAAAGAGAGAUGAACAACAGAAGGAGAUUUUACAGCUUGUGAAUUCUAUCACAGAUCUUGAAGACCAAGUGGAGUCUGUGGAGGCAAAGAUGGAGGCAGAGAUUAAAAGACUGAAUUCUGCACUGCAUGAUCUUCAGGAAAAGCACGAUUCUCUCCUGGAUGACAGCAAGAGCAUUGUUGCUCAUCUGGUCCAGGUUGAAAGCCAGAGAGAUGAACAACAGAAGGAGAUUUUAAAGCUUAUGAAAUCUAACAGAGACCUUGAAGACCAACAGGCAAAGGCUGAAGAAGAAAUAAUGCAGAAGGAAAAUGAACUAGAAAAACAGAGCAGAAUAAUUGCAGAUAAGCAGGAGCAGAUAAAUGAUCUGAAUAAAGCCAGAGAGAUUACAAGAUGGAUAACUGAAGAUCUUAAGGAUCAGCUGAGUUUGCUCCAGGAGGAACAGACAUUGGCUGAUUUAAGAGAGGUACACGAAACUGCUGCAUCUGAAGAAAUGGAGGAUCCUGUUGCAAACCUGCCUCCUAACAUGGUUCAAAAUAGUGGUUCAUGGUCUCACUGUGCCAAAUGCCUACUUAAACUAGGUUUAGGUCUAAUUCCUGCAGCUAUUGUGUCAGCCUCAGUGUAUUACAGCUACAACGCACGUACCGACUGUUCUCCUUGAGACAUCGUCAACAAUCUCUUCAAUCCCUUCCGCAAAUUUGAAUAUAUACCACCUCCCGUUUAAAGAAUGGAAUGGUGUUUUCCAUCUACAGUCCAGAGAGCCUUAUGUUGCUAAUAUUAUGCAAGUGAAAGUAGAUGUGUGUGUGUGUUCUUUUCCUUUUACCCCCAACCAGUCACAGCAGAUGACUGCCCCGCCCUGAGCCUGGAUCUGCUGGAGGUUUCAAGGGAGUUUUUCCUUCCCACUGUCACCAAGUGCUUGCUCAUAGGAGAUCAUUUGAUUGUUGGGGUACAAUACUAGUCAAAGGUUUGGACACACUCACCCAUGGGUGUGUCCAAACUUUUGACUAACUGUAUGGGAUUGAACUGAAUUGGCUUGAAAAACUGAAGAACUCAGGUUCUCAGGAC